CUGCUGGCCUCAACCACCCACGUGGUCGGAGCCCGGCCCUGCCGGCUGGAGAGGAUCCGAAUAGUGUACGCGUUUUGGCUUGCAGGGUUUUUAAUUGUCACCGAGUGGGGUUUACUGUAGGCUGUCAAAUCAGGAGUCGUAUUUUGUUGAGUGGAAAGUGAAAUUUACCUUCGGCCGACGUGACAGAGCCUGUGCCCUCUGCUGAUUUUCCACAUCUGUCCGUGGGCGUGUCAUUGGCUGCUCCUGACAACUGCGAUAGCUCAACCCCGGGACUUCUCCCAGUAAUAAUCAAAAAGGACCAGACAGAUCGGUCUCCAAAAGUCAGCACAAAAGGCACAACGCUGCAGCGACCGGGCGCCUCUUCGGUCGCGAUCUCAAAGGGCGACGAGGCCGGAGCCCUGGGCAGGAGAAAGGCAGCCUCCUUGUGACGUCAAAUCAGCGGACUCUCGUCGAGGCUUCAGGCCGGUUCCGGUUCCCCGGCUUUCCGGGCGCGAGACAUUUGACAUAGCGCAGCAAAGAAAUGGUUAUGGAGAAGCCCAGUCCGCUGCUUGUAGGGCGGGAGUUUGUGAGGCAAUAUUAUACUUUGCUGAAUAAAGCUCCAGAGUAUUUGCACAGGUUUUAUGGUAGGAAUUCUUCCUAUGUUCAUGGUGGAGUAGAUGCUAGUGGAAAGCCCCAGGAGGCUGUUUAUGGACAAAAUGAUAUACACCACAAAGUAUUGUCUCUGAACUUCAGUGAAUGUCAUACUAAAAUUCGUCAUGUGGAUGCUCAUGCAACCUUGAGUGAUGGAGUAGUUGUCCAGGUCAUGGGUUUGCUGUCUAAUAGCGGACAGCCAGAGAGGAAGUUUAUGCAGACCUUUGUUUUGGCUCCUGAAGGAUCUGUUCCAAAUAAGUUUUAUGUUCACAAUGAUAUGUUUCGUUAUGAAGAUGAAGUAUUUGGUGAUUCUGAACCAGAACUUGAUGAAGAAUCAGAGGAUGAAGUAGAAGAGGAACAAGAAGAAAGGCAACCAACUCCAGAACCUGUGCAGGAAACUAACAGUGGUUACUAUGAAGCUCACCCUGUGACUAAUGGCAUAGAGGAGCCUUUGGAAGAAUCCUCUCAUGAACCUGAACCUGAGCCAGAAUCUGAAACAAAGACUGAAGAGCUGAAACCACAAGUGGAGGAGAAAAACUUAGAAGAAUUAGAGGAGAAGUCUACUUCUCCUCCUCCUGCUGAACCUGUGUCUCUGCCACAGGAACCACCAAAGGCUUUCUCCUGGGCUUCAGUGACCAGUAAAAACCUGCCUCCUAGUGGUACUGUUUCUUCCUCUGGAAUUCCACCCCAUGUUAAAGCACCAGUCUCACAGCCGAGAGUGGAAACUAAACCAGAAGUUCAGUCUCAGCCACCUCGUGUGCGAGAACAACGACCUAGAGAAAGACCUGGUUUCCCUCCUAGGGGACCAAGACCAGGCAGAGGAGAUAUCGAACAGAAUGAGUCUGACAACCGUAGAAUAAUUCGAUACCCAGAUAGUCAUCAACUCUUUGUUGGUAACUUGCCACAUGACAUUGAUGAAAAUGAACUGAAAGAGUUCUUCAUGAGUUUUGGAAACGUUGUAGAACUUCGCAUCAAUACCAAAGGUGUUGGGGGAAAGCUUCCAAAUUUUGGUUUUGUGGUUUUUGAUGACUCUGAACCAGUUCAGAGAAUCUUAAUUGCAAAACCAAUUAUGUUUCGAGGGGAAGUACGUUUAAAUGUGGAAGAGAAAAAGACAAGAGCUGCCAGAGAGCGAGAAACCCGAGGUGGUGGCGAUGAUCGCAGGGAUAUUAGGCGCAAUGAUCGCGGUCCUGGAGGUCCCCGUGGAGUAGUGGGCGGUGGAAUGAUGAGGGACCGGGAUGGAAGAGGACCCCCUCCAAGAGGUGGCAUGGCACAGAAACUUGGCUCUGGAAGAGGAACCGGGCAGAUGGAAGGCCGCUUCACAGGACAGCGUCGCUGAAGCUCCACUGUUGGCAAAGUCUUGGCAGUGGUACAUUAUUCAUCGUGUUUGCAUUCUUGUUAAUUUUUUUUGGCUUUGGAAUGUGACACAGCCUUUUUGAUCAUUUCUUUGAUGUGAAAAGCAUCUUUGGUUAUCAGUUAAAUUGAGGUGGACAUUAUUUCCCCAAUUUUACAGCAGGAUUCGCAUUGUUAAUUUAUAAAUCUAGACUUGGAGAAUUAAGGACUGAGAAAUGACCAUAUCUUAAACUGUCUACAACAAAAUGAACUUAAGAGGACACGCCCAACUGAAUUCAGGUCCUUUGAGUCAAAAAAAACCCCCUCUGCUGCACAUUUUGUUUAAGUGUUACUGUUUCUACCUGUUAAUGUUGGAAACACAAAUAGUGCAAUUUGUGCAAUUGGAGAAUCUUGCCUUUUUUCUUGGCUCCCCCCAAAAAUACAAACCAACAGAAACUUGUUAUGCACUCAUCAAAAUGCACUAAUGGGUACUCUGAACUCAUUAACAUUGACAUCUGCAACAGGAGGCAACAGGGGAAAAAAAUCUUUCAUCUUUUUUUCCAGUAGAGCGUAGUUUGUGAAAUGAUGAGGGCAUUUUAUCUGCUUGCUGUGACCAGCGUGUGUACACAUAAACCUUAACAAGACUACAAGUAUAUUCCAGAAGGAAAUCAUUUAGUUAUGAACUAAACAAAAAUCAGAACUUCAAAUGCUAUGGUCUUGAAUAUUAGACCAGAUUUAGUAGCUCCAUAUCUCAGAUUUUUCUACCUGCCCCUCUUCAGUACAGGGAUGGCUGGCUGCUCAACACACUCCUCCCCCUUUUCCUUUCUUUAAGCUGUGUACAGUGAAAAUUUGUCUUUACUGUAUUUUUGUUCUCUGGUAAUGUAAAAAGCAUGAUGGUGCCUUCUAUUAAUACAUCAUUCCAGUCUUGCUGGUAAUUUUGUACAGUAUAGUGUAUGAAUUGCUGUGCUGCAAAGCCAAACAGCUGCAAAAUGUCGAAAAAUCAUUGAUGUGUAUAAAAAUUGCAGUAUCUUUAAAAUCAGUAAAAUCGACUAGCAUAAUUAUUUACCUUGUUCUUCAGUUAACAACUUUGUGUUCUCUGUGGGAGGGAGUCUUGUGUGUUUAGAGUUGGGGGAGAGAGAAGGAGGAGGAAGUCAGUUAUUUGAGUAAAUCUCUUGUUGACUUUUCUCUUGGCCUGAAUGUCAACAUUGAAGUGUAUCACUUGAAAGGUGUUUGGAAAAGUCAGAUCGACUUCUUGUACAUUUUUUAGCGACAUUUAAAAAGCAGUCAGAUUCCAUAAAUGGCAAGUAAACCCGAAGUGAGGAUACUGCAAUUUUCAGUGAAAGGAACAGCAGCUCUUAAGUGUUUGCAUUUUCUAUUUGGGGGGCAGGGAACGGUCAUUCAUUUUGCACAAUUCUUGAACUGAUGUCAGCACCCGAGUGGCUCUGAAUUUUAAGUCUGGGACAGCAUCUUUUAUUUUUACAUGAAUCUCUAAACAAUUCUGUGGGCAAAGUUUGUAGCUACUGGAUUAUUGUCUGUCUUUAGAGCAAGUUCCAGUAAACCGCAAGUAUGACAAAGGAUAUCCAGUUUAUGCUUGGAGCAUUCGGUACCUAUCAGUUUCUGAUGUUUCAGGCUAGGAGUGGGGUAAAUAAGUGUGACCACUUAAAGCUGCUGUUAGCAUGGAAGACUUCUCCAUUCUAUCUUAGUAAAAACAGACAAAAAAUGCACUUGACAUAAUAGCAAACUGGUUCUGAAUUAAGAGACUGUUUGCUAUUUAUUUAGUAAACUAGCAAAUGAUGCACAUAUUUUGCUUUUCAUGUACUGGGCAAUAUAAAUAAAAUUAAAUCUGUCCCUUUUUUCCCCCUUGAAUGAGGUCUUCCAUGUUUGAGGAAAAGUCUUGCACUAUUGCAUAUAUUUUGGGGACACAGAUUUCUCAGUUUCCAUUUUGGGGGGGGGGGGUUAAGCAUAUUUUUUUUCCUGUUUGAAUACUUUUACACUUUCUGAUGUAUAGUACUUGAAGUUCUUACCAGAAAAUUACUUUUGAAUUUUGAAGCCUUUAUUCAAACUGCUUUUAAAUAAGUGGUUUAUUGUCAGUGUUUCGUUUUGUUUUUUUAUAGCAUAUUCUUCCUCUUCUCUUUCUUUUUUUUCUCCUUCCCGUUUAUAUAUGUCUGUGUGUAUAUGUGUGUGUGUAUACACAAACACACAAAUUAUAUAUUAUAUAUAUAUAUAUAUAUAAUUUCCAAUCCAAGAUAUUGCCCUGCCACCCAUGAAAACUGUUCUGGCACCAAAAGUAAUGAUCAAUGUUAAGUGUAAUAGGUAAAUUAAAGCAAAGAGCCAUUCAGCUUCAGUCUUUACGUACCAUGAAUAAAACAUAAGAACAUCACAUGGAGAAGUUUACAUGGUGAUUGUUCACCUGCAGUACUGUGGACUUUUUAACAUUUUGUCCCUUUUCAGUGAACCAGAGUAAAAAUAUUCAUCUACCAUUACUGUUAUUUGCUGUUUUCCUUUUUUCUUUCCUUUUUUUUUUUUUUUUUUUCUGGAUGGUAAUAUUCUAUUCUAUCCUUAUGACACUAUUGCAACCAAAUUGGCUUUACCAUCUUGGCUUUAGUAGGUAUAGAAGACAAUGGAUUACCAUCUUUAUUGCUGUAAUGUGUUAAGCAUUAUAUGCUAGUAGUAUCUAGUUUAAUUGUUUCAGGUGGAAAGUAUUCUUUGAGUUUCCAUUUUGAAUGUGUUUGGACUAAACAAACAAUAAACUACUGAUGUCUGCAGCAUU